CAAAUUCUAAUCAGAAAUAAAAUAAAAUUAUAAAACAUUUUAUGAAGAAAUUCGUUUAUAUAUGAAAACGAUUCCAUUACUAUAAGUAAAAAAAGAUUUUAUGUACUGCUAAAUCCUGUGCCCUGGUGAAAUAACAGCAUGGGAUCAGAGCAGUCAUCGGCGGCCGCACCGAAGGCAGCAACGCGGGCGCCGCCCGUGCGCCGUGGACACACCUUCGCUGCCCCUAGUAGUGCUCCAGAACAACGUCGAGAGCCCCCGGCCAGUGGCAACAAUUCCCCGGGAGCGAGUGUGUGCAGUGACUCCGAGCUGCCCUAUAUCUCAUACACCGUGGACCGGCCUAUAGGAGAUUCCCCUAAAACCUCAACCAAGAACCAACGCCAGGACUCCAAAAAGUCGCUCCUUCAGCGGCGACAGAUGUCGCUGCAGGCUCGCAAGACUAAACGCACCAGAGACAUUGUUGUUGUCAAGGAACAGGCGACGGCGACACUGGACGAGGACAUACGGCGGUUACAGGAAAUCCCAACGUUUCUGCCCAUAAUGCGCGGCACGUUGGGGCUGCCCGGCGCUCGCGAUCCAGAAGUGCUCGAAGGCCUCGACGCGCGUCCUUGGAUACGUCUGUGUUCGCGCCUACAAGCACAUUUGGCCGCCUGCGCUACCCCACUAGCUCAGGAACAAGUGCAACUGGCUACUAAACUUAAAGAGGCGGACUCUGAAGUAUCCCGCCUGUAUUCCUCAAUGGUGGACAAGCAACGAAACAACGCUCGCCACGCGGAGCGCCUCGCCCGAGUACACGAGGCGGCACACCAACUCAGUCGCUGCAACUCACUAUUACAACAGACGUUAUCGGACGUGGAGGAAUUAAACGCGCUCCUGCCACCAGACAAGCGGCUCGAGCCUUUUGUAUGGGGCGCGUCAUAGCCACGCACACAAGUCAUAUACGUGGGCCAUACUGAAAGUUUCUGGAUUCUGAUAUAUGAGACGAGCUAGUCCAGGAAUUUUCAGUAUGCCCUAAGUAGCUGGAUGAAAAUGAUCGAUAUUAGGGUCAAAAACGUUCCGGGAAAUUGGCAUCUUUUCUGUGGACAUUAUAAAAAUUGUUUCGAGUAUAUACUAAGGCUUUUAUCCUAAAACUUUUAAGAAGUUUUACAGUUUUUAAGUGGCCAGCCAGGAAAUUAGGUUGUAAACUAGAUACACUUACUUUAUGAUGUCCACAGGAAAGAUUACACUAAAUCAUACCAAAAAGUUUUUGACCCCUUAGAGGCGUAUGCGGAAAAAUAAAACAUGAUAUCAAUGUAUUUUCAAUAUCAGAAAGGUAGAAUGUAAUACCUGUUAGACAUUUGAGGAUUUUUUGCGGUAUAAUUAAACACAAAAGAUAGGUGGUAUUCUUAACCUUUUGAACGCCACAGACGGCAAUUGACGUCAACCCAAAAUCGUGACAACGACGCCAAAGAUGGCAUUUGACGUCGAUCGUUUUUUGAUGAAAGUCUACUGAAAAAUACCCCACUUUUAGGUUGGCAUUAUUUAUUCACAAAACGAAAUUUUACCCCCGUGGCGUCAGUGGCACGGCAAAUAGAUGCGCCGUUUGGCGUUCAAUAUGUUAAAAAAUAUGCCUAUUUUAUGUGCAUGAUCUCUAAUGGCCUGUUCCAAAAACUUUCAGUGUUACCCAUGUAUUAAAAUAAGUAACAAAAAUAUUAGUUUCUAAAUAAUGUCUCGAUAUAGUCAAAUGUUAUUCAUAGCUUUUGCUUUCAAUCGCAAUGUAUCUACAUCGGUAAUAAAAUUAAAUAUACUGUAAUAAACUAUUGUUUAUCAUAAUAAACUAAUUAAGUAGGUAGGUAUGUAGCCAACAUAAGUAUUGCUAAUUUAAUAAAUGCUCAAAUAUUA